GUGUCAAAUAGUGAUAAAAAUUAUUUCAAUUGACAAUAAGUCUAAUAAUCAGCCAUAUUGAAACUUAGUGGGGGUUUUCGCGCAUGUAAAAUAAAAUAUGGCUGCGGUGAAAAAUUGAAAAAUUCGAAAACUGUUAAAAAAAAAUUCAUUACCGUAAUUAAAAAAAAAGUUAAUAAAAAUAUAUGUGGUAAUUAUUAGUACAAGUAUUUAAUAAAACGUAAAUAACAAAAAAAUGACGAUUAUGUAUGAAAUGAAACCAAUAAUAAAUCAUAACACAGUAAUUGAACGAUCGUUAUGCAUGUAUGAGAUGAAAAAUAUUCAUGACGAUGGCGACUCAUCGAAACAUAAGUGCACAAUUGUCUCCGAGGUUACUGAUGAAUUUGUUAACAUUACAAAGGUUCCGUUGGCCGAAGUUAAAGCAUUGGGAGUAAGACAGGAAAAUAUUCUAACUCAAUUAGCUGAACUUAAAGAGCAAGUUUUAAAUUUGUGCAAUGUUCUUAAAAAUAAUACUGACACUAAAGCACCUCAAACCAAAAGAACUAAUCGGACACCGGUUACAGGAAAUUUGGUGAUAAAUGUUAAUCCAAAAAAACCUUGUUAUUCUUUGAUAGCUGUCAAAAAGCUCUGGGAUGACGUUGACCUGCGGAUAUCACCUCAUCAUCAUUGUAGUAUAUUUUCUGAAACUCCAGCAGGGUUUGAAAAGAGUAAGCUAAGCGAAAAAGACAGCGUGAUAGAUGUAUCAGUGAUAUGGAGAGACGUGCAAGACACCCAAUUGAUUGUCUCUGGAUUCAAUAGCCAGACAGUGUUGGGAGAAACAAAUAUCCUGCGUUACUUAAUGCGACUAAUUGACAAUGAGAGUUACGAGAAGACUCAAUCUGUCGCUGAAACGCUCAAAAUUGACAAGAUACUCGAUUUAGCCUAUGAACUGACGCACCAAAACUCACCAAAAGAUAAACAAACUACUUUAAAUAUUCUGGACAAAUUACUGGGAGCCAAUCAGUGGUUUUCAAGUAAAAGUUUAUUCAAUAUUGCUGACAUCGCUGUUUGGUCUGCUGUUAAACAAUCUUCUCUUCAAAAAUUACCUUCCAAUCUCACUAGUUGGUACAAAAAAUGCGAGGGUACAUUUUUAUAAUAACUGAAAUAAUUUUUUUGUAAUUAAAAUUUUCUAACAAUAAAUUACAAUGUAAUUUA